AAAAGCGUCGAGAGAGGAGGCGUGGCUGCUGAGGUGUGUGAGAGGAGUGCAUGCAUGUGAUACGAGAUGUGAAUCCUUAACGUCCUAUAAGUGCAGCUACAGUCUCCGGCUGAAGCACUUUUCUCCAGUUCCACGACGACCCUAAGUCUACAAUGGCUACGAGUGUUCCUUCCCCGGCAAAAGCGAGGCAACUGUACGUGAGGACGCCUCUCCUCUGCAGCAGAAAGCUCUCCGAACGUGUUGGAGCCAACGUCUGGCUGAAAAUGGAGAGUGUGCAAACGUCUGGCAGCUUCAAAACUCGGGGUCUCAGCAACUUCGCGAAGAAAGCGGUGGAGAGAGGCUGUACCAGGUUUGCCAGCUCCUCUGGAGGGAACGCGGGACUGGCUGCUGCCUACAUAGCACGGCAGCUGGGCCUCCCCAUCACUGUGGUGGUCCCCGAGACGACGCCGUCGUUCAUCGCGGACAAGUUGAGGGAGGAGGGGGCUGAGGUGGAGGUAGUGGGGAAGGUAAGAGGCUUCCUGUCUUGUGACUGUCAUAGGAACUGGUGUCAGGGAAUACAGACACCUCUCAAUGCGAAUAUCUCUAUAAUUAGGUAUGGGAUGAAGCCAAUAGGAGAGCUAUGGAGCUGGCCCAACAACCUGCACAACCUCAUAAAUCAUUUCCCCAUACAUGGGUGUGAGCUCAUCCAUCCUUUCGAUCACCCUGACAUUUGGGAGGGACAUGCCUCAAUAGUGGAGGAGAUACAAGAGCAGCUGCAGGGUGUGACCCCGGACCUUGUGGUCCUGAGUGUGGGAGGAGGGGGACUGAUGAACGGGGUACUGGAGGGAAUGGCACGAGUUGGCUGGACGCAAGUCCCUCUCUUAGCCAUUGAGACCCAGGGAGCUCACUCUCUCAAUGCCUGCGUCGCCGCCGGAGAGUGGGUGGAGCUUGAUGACAUCACCAGUAUAGCGACGUGUCUGGGAGCCAAGAGAGUGUGUGAGAGAUCGUACCAGUGGCUGUCUCAGCAUCCUGUUCUCACUGCCACUGUCACUGACAGAGAAGCCGUCUCCGCAUGCAUCAACAUUGCAGAUGACCACAGAGUGCUGGUUCCCCCAGCCCUGUGGAGCAGCUCUGGCCGGACUCUAUACUCCAUCAGUUUUGGAGACGGUCACUCCCAAACUGCCACACCCCUUAAGAAUGUGGUGGCCAUCCUCUGUGGUGGGAAUGGGGUUAAUCUGGAAACUAUUCAGCAGUGGAAGAAAAACAUAUAAUAUUUAAUUUUUCAACUAUUGUUUCCAGUGCCACUUUCAUACAUCAUCUGUAUUAUCUCUCAUCAAAACAAUGGUCCAGUACAAAAAUAAUAUCAGAGGUAUAAAAUCAAAGUUCAUUGAAUGUGUUCUUCAUCAGCGACUUCCUUGAUAGAGAGGAGCUCGAGAGUUCCUCUGCCUUUGGUCUCCUGCCUCACUGCCUCCUCCACCACUCUGUAGCACCCUGGGUCCAUCAGACACUCCUGCAGAGAGGGAGGGAGGCGUAUAUAGGGGAGAGGUUGAUAAGUUCA